AAAAAAGAAAAAAUACAUAGGAAAAUUUCCUACUUUUUCAAAUUUUUUUAAAGAAAUUUAUCAAGAAUUUUAUGUAAUAAUGAAAUACAUAAUCGAUGAAAAUAACAAGAUAUUUUUAUAACAUACAAAAUCUCUAAAGAUACAUCAAAACCUAUAUACCUACAUAUACAUAUGUUUAUAUAUAUAGGAUUUAUUUUCACAUUUUAAUGUAGAAGAAUUACAUUAAUAAUUAUGUUAAUAAAAACAAAUGUAUCAUUUCAGUUAUUAUUUUUAUUAAAAGCAGGAGAAACUUCGUAAUAUUAAAACAAUUAGAUUAACAUUGACCUAAGUUUAUAAAAAGAGAGAAAUAGAUAAUAAACUAUAUUAGACCAAAUGUUUAGGUGGAAUCAAUUUUUACAUGGAAUCAGUAUUAGAAAAUAAAUUCUAUAUAACAGAAUUAACACAAAUUCUCAAAGGAACUGAUCUUUCGUUCAAUGAAACUUCAGAUUUAGAAUUAUAUGUAUAUAACACUACUGCCAGAGUGAAACCGCCCAUGGCCCCCCAGCUUGUGUAGUAAUUAUGACAUUUAUAUCUUUUGUGAUUUAAAAAGAAGAUAUACUUACAAUGAUUCAUGUAGGUUAUACAAAUUUUAUAUAAAAAUGUAUUUAUAUUCCAGUGUGCAACAAUAGCGCACACUGACGGAUUAGAUGCGGUCAAGUUUCUAUUCAUAUAACUAUUAUAAUAUUAUUGAAAAUAGGAUAAUAAUAAUACUUACAUUAAGCGAGAUUAUUGUAUAUUACUUGUAUAUAUGAUAAAUAGAUUAAUAAUAUAAGAAAAGUGGCAAAUACUUAUUGGCCAGUUAUAAUAGUAAAAUAAUUAUCUUAUUUCUCAGAACCAAAACAUACAAGCAUUGUAUGAGAAUACUUUAAAACUAGAAAAUAUAACAUGUAAAUGGAUACAGGAUAAUAACAGUUCAAAUACUGCACUGUUAUUUCUAAUAGAAUUAUUACUUACUUAUUAAAGACAUAAUUAUCAAAAAAAGUUUAUUCAAAUUGUAAGCUUUACUUAGGAUUGCCAGAAAGUAGGCACAUGCAACGUUGUUGCAAUUGUAUAUAGGCAAUGUCUACCUAUACCUACUUAAUAAUAUCCUAAAAUACAUGAUACACGGUCUUGGUUUACAAGUUGUAGAGCUUUAUAAAUAUCUGCACAAAAUUAUAAGUUUUUGUGAAAAUAUUAGAAAGAGUAAAAUGUUAAAAGAGAAUCAAAGCUUACUGUAUUAUUAUUGACUAAUUUUUAACAAUUGAGUAAUAUACUUCCUGAUAAAUUUUGCUCAUCUAAAAAUGAAAAAUUUUAUACUGAAAAGAUCUAACUUUUAGAAAGAAAUAUUACUAGUAAAUAAUAGAGAUCACAUUUUAAAUCUUGAAUAUUGAACAUUAAAUUACCUACUUGCAAUAUCAUUUAAAGUCAGUUCAGAUUAUUAUAAGUCUCUACAACUUAAUGAUUAUAUACCUAUUUAUCUAUUGUUAGGAGGCCUAUGAUUUGAUCCUACAGUACGCCACUGAAAACUUAAAUGAUCAAAUGUCAUGUGUGUUGUCUUGUCCAAGACCUGAAAAACUUCACUAAGAAAAUAAAAUAUUUUCAUGUAAUAUGACACAGCUGUACCUACUUAUGGCACAUUGAACAUAUUCAAUGGAUCCAACAAAGCUUUAGAGCUUGUUGAUAAGCAUUUAAGAAUAAUUAAUAAUUUCAUUUUGUUGUUAAGUUACAAUGCGUAUUAUUUUAAAUUUAUUAAAAAUUUAAUGUAGUUUAGAUGAUCAGUUUUAAAUACUAUAUAACAUUUAUAGAUAUUCAUAACUUUUUAUUAUCCACGAAAACUGGACAUGGACCAAAUUUUGAUUAUACGCGGGAUUUAUAGAAAUCGAUAAAUUUCGGAAAUAACAAGUGUUCGUAUAUUUUGAGUAUCUAAAAACAUUAAAAGCUGUGCAGAUUGCUUUAACAUAAUUUCACAUAUUUAACAAUAAGACAAAUGUGUUUUAAGCAUUGCCAAAGAGAAUAAAAAUUGAAACUAUAGAAUAACCCAACGAACUUAGUUUACAUACAAGAUUAUACUUUUGGUAGAAUAAGAAACGGUCACAAGUUUACUAGUCUGCAAUUAGAAUUAACAAUUUCUCGUCUUUGGAUAGGUAUUCCGCCCCAUUAUAGUAAAAGUUAAUGUUAUAAUACGAUAAAUACAAGCAUAAGUUAAAUAAUUUAAUUGAUUAAAAUAGUGAUUUAGAGGUGGAAAAAUUUCAAGUUCCUCUUUAAAUCAGUAAAUUAUGUGGCUCGAUUUUUAUUCUACCAGUAACAAUGUUUUUAUAUCAAUAAGAUUUUUAUAAAUCUACUUGCGAUUACUACCCGAAAGUUUUCAUAAAUCAUUCAAAAAUUUCCUAGAUAAGUCAUAAUGAUGUUACAUUGAUCGAUACACAAAAUAUACGUAUUUAUCACAGUCGCCAUAAGUGAUUGGUACAGGUUUGUGUAAAAAUAAAAAGUAAUACAAAAAAUGUACGUUACGAAAAAAACACUAAUAUCAUUGGUUACAUUCAUGUAAAAAAUUUUAAUACACAAAGACCAGUUUAUAAUAUGUAUGACAGACACCGCAUUGUUUCUCGAUAACAGUUAGAAACAUUCAAUAAAAAAGUCAUAAAAUAUUGAACACUUGUACCAUUCUUAGAUCAAUUUUCCUACAGCUCAAUUAAUCAAAAGAAAUAUAUUUUGAAUAAAAUAUAAAUAAAAUAUAAAUAUAUAUAAGUAAAAUAUAAAUUGUUGAACAAACGAAAAUCAUUGUUGUAUUCAUACAACAUAUUCAAUAAAAUAGUUAGCAUUAAUUUGGCAUUAAAUAAUUUUAUUAUAAUAAUUUUAUAAUAAUAUAAUAAUAAAUUUAUUAUAAUAAUUUAAAACGUUAACCAUUUUUGGGUCAAGAUAAGACAUACAACAUAGUGAUGGAAAUAUAACUUAUAAAUUCUUUCCAUAAGUAUUAUUAUAAAUAUAAUAUCAGCAUCAACAGAUAUCAAUUUUCAAAAUUGAAUCUAGUAAAUAUUGUUCUAUUUUUGCUAUAUUUAUUACAACGUUUAUCUUUUUAUAGAGUAUAGUAUUUUUCUAUGUAGUGUAUAUGAAAAAAUACAUUAAACAUAAUGAUUUACUUGACAUGAUUUUUAGACGUUAUAUUUAACCUUCAAAUCUCUUACCAUGAUGGCACUUGCUUUUGCGAAAUGUUUUUAUCACGGUCAUAUAAACAGGUCAGACCGUGGUCCGGACAUUCGCUAGGGAAAGCCAUCUGUCUGUUGAGUCGAAAAAUGUUAAGAUGGCGAGGAAGAAUAGCUCUCCUUUUGCAGAGCAGACACAGAUGAGUGGAGUGUCGCUUCUCUGCCUGAGGUAUUCAUAGUACCUAUGUGUAUAUAUAAAUAUAUAUGUGUAUAUAUUACGCAUGCGCAGAACAAAACCUUUUCUUGCCCUCCAUCUUGAUUUUCUUCAACUCAGGAAACGGACGGUUUCAUCUGUCGUAUGGUUUCGGUAUAAGAAUUUUCAGAUCUGUAACUGUAGUUUCUAUGUUUGUUUGUAGUAGUGUGUAGUAACUGACAGUAUAUGAGUCACGACGCGCGCUGUAGCGCGCCAUUAUACUCUCUAUUCUUCUAUAAAUUGCAUUAUUCGCUGUGAAAAUUAUUUUCAAAGUAAAAAACGAUGUACUCAACAGAAAGUGAUAGUAUAAAUGAUAGUAACAAAUACAGUGAUGAUGUCGCAGAUGCGUUGGUAUUUUCGGGAAACAGCGUCAGUCCUCUCAAGGGCCCUUUAUUACAAACGGCACCCACAGACCGCUAUGCCCCAUAUUACAACAUGAAUCAUGCAAAACGUGGAUUAGCUAUUAUUUUUAACCAUGAAUUUUUCACUAUUACACAUCUUAAACCAAGAUGUGGAACAAACGUUGAUUGUGAAAAUCUUGUCAAUACAUUUAAAGAUCUUGGUUUUGAAGUAAAUGAUUUUCAUAAUUACACACAUAGAGAUAUAAUGAAAAAUUUAGAAAGAGUUGCUGACAUGGACCAUUCUGAACAUGAUUGCCUAGUUGUAGCUAUAUUAAGCCAUGGAGAUUUAGGAAUACUUUAUGCUCAUGAUACUUCUUAUAAGCCUGACUCCAUUUGGUCUCUCUUUACAUCUGAUAGAUGUCCUACGCUUGCUGGCAAACCAAAACUAUUUUUUAUACAAGCUUGUCAAGGGGAUAAAUUAGAUGCUGGUACAACAUUAAAAGAACGUACAGAAACUGAUGGUGAAUCAGUUACAACAUUCCGUAUACCAUGUCAUGCAGAUUUUUUAAUUGCAUACUCCACAAUACCAGGUUAUUAUUCUUGGAGAAAUACUACUCGCGGCUCGUGGUUCAUGCAAGCGUUGUGCCUAGAACUACGAAAAAAUGGUACUCGUCAUGACUUGUUACAUUUGCUCACAUUUGUUUCUCUGCGAAUUGCUGUUGAUUUUGAAUCCAAUACUCCUGAUAAUAUCACAAUGCAUCAACAAAAACAAAUUCCGUGCAUUACGUCGAUGUUAACUCGUUUAGUAAUGUUUACACCUCCUAAAAAUAAAAUUGUAUAGUCGUUUUAUGCACAAAAGAUUUAUGAUAUAUGAUAUGCUAUAAAGUACAUAUAUAUAUGUAUUUUUUUAAUUACAAAUAAUGAUACCUUUCCAAGUAAAUGGGUAUCGCGUUUUUACAUAUUUUACAUUUUACAUGUCAUUCUUUUAACAUUGUUCUCUGUUGUUGUUAGUUUGGAAUGUGUAUCUAUUAUGGGCUCUACAGUCCACAAGGUAUAAAAAGUUAACUUUGCCCGGCCAAAGUCAGCAUUACAUAUCGCCAUUUGACAAAUUUCAGGGAAAAUUGAUAGCAAUUUUGCUCAUAUUACAGUGAGUCUUCAAGAUUUUUCCCGGACUUCAUCGAGGAGCAGUAUGUAAUGUUGACAAUAGUCGGUCAAGGUCGACUCCGCAUUCUGUACUCUUUACUUCUUCUAUUUCCUACUACUCUCAUUUUCAUUGUACUCGUUUUUUUCUUUCUUCCUCCUUUAUGAAAGAUUAAUCCCUUGCCAUACAAUUUAACUCGGAAGAAUCCGGGCCCAAACGUUGCUCUCGAAUGGUCGGGAAAGGAGUCGAAUCGGCGGAGACAGAGUGUCGCGUCCGUGUUUAGAAAAAAGACACUAUUCGAGACAUUCAUACUUGGCCCGAGAUUAAGACCACGAGCCUGACUCGUGAUAUUCAGGUUUAACUCAAAAUUAUCAUCGCGAUUCAGUCUCGUCUAAAUAUGGCAAGGGAUUAACAUUUUCGUUUCUUCCAUGUUUAAUUAUGUACCUUUAUACAUUAUGUACCUUUAUAGCAUUAAUCAUAUUGUUAUUAGAAGUUCAAAGAUAAUAUUUUACCUGUGAAAAUUUCUACUUGAUGUGACUUCAACGUAAUGCAUUUAAAUGAUAGCAUUUAUCUUAUAAAAACUGCCAUUAUAUAUUAUGCAAUAUUUGCACUACAAAACAAAACAUUAUAGCAAUAUAAAGUAGAUUUUAUGCUACAUAUAAAUUUUUGUACUUGUCUAGAUUAAGGAAUCUUACAAAUUUUAUGUCUUUGUAAGAUUAAUAUUUAUAAUAGAAAUUUACAACGAUAAGAUCUCAAGCUAUAAUUUUUAACAGUUUUUAAAUUAUUAAAAAAGCUGCAUAGAAUGAAUGUAAUAGUGGUCAUGCAAAAAUUUAAUACAGUAUAUUCAAAAUCAUUAUAAGUAAGAUAUAUAAUAAGUACAAAUGGAAAGUAAAAUUAAGACAACAGUGCUAAAACUAUAGCUAAAAUUGAUUGCCUUUGUGAUUGCUGCUUUAUGAACAAAAUUUUAUAAGUAAUUUAUAUAUGACCUGUACAAUUUCGACAUUGUAUUUUGAAAAAAGCUAUUUUUUAACCAUUGUAAUGCAAAACAACUUAAGAAAUAUAUAUUUAAUGCCUACUAAAUAUAUUGUACAAAAGUCAGAAGGACAAAAUCUGUGUCUUUUCAUAACAAGCAAUAGUCUAAUCGUAUCUAAAAAAGAAUGAAAUAUUUUCAAGUUAGUAAUAGAUAAAUAUAACUUGCCUGAUUAGAGUAGUUGUGAUUAUAUAAGGUGCAAUUACAACGAAUAUUACCUAUUGUUAAGAGGAUAAAUAUGAAAUAAGCAAGGCAAUUUGCAUAUACUUUUGGAAUUGCUGAUGCACAUAAAGUGUUAUGUUGCUUCAUAGUUUGAAAAAAGGCAUUAUUAAAUAAAGUAGAUAAGAAUUUAACAAAAAAUAUUAAUAUUAUGGCAAAAAUUACUAUAUUUGUAAUUGAAAUGGCAUUAUUAUGAUCUAUAAAAACGUCUAGAAACGUGAUAUAACAGUCUUUCAUAAUAAAAGUAUGUAAUCUUUAAAUACUGAUUGAUGCAAUUUACAAUAUUUAACGUCGCUUUUGAUGGUUUGACCACUAUGUUUUCAUUGGUAUGUCUAUGUACAUGUAAUGUAAUUAGUAUAAGAUAUUUUCCUUAAAGGAAUAUUCUUUAUGUUAUAUGAGAUACAUUGUUCCUUACUGUUACAAUUUUUAGUAUAAUUUCUCGAUAUAUUAUAUUUAACAAAGUAGUUGCUCAACAAGAUAAUGUUACAGAUAAGAGAAUGUUAUGGAACUACUUACGAUAUUUAUCAUACUAUAAAUUGUGAUAAGUAUGCUUUUGCGAUACAAUUUUUACGCACUUUUACUGCUAUUCUAUAAUCGAAAGUUUUUUAAUGUCUUUAUGCUAUAGCUUUUAUAAGUCUUUCAUAUAUAUUGUAAUUCGUAUAUUUGACGAACUUUUAUGUACAUGAAUCUGUAUGCAAAUGUACAAGAUGUAAUAAAGUUUAAAUAAAAAACA